AAGAUGGGAAAUCAAUCUGUGAUCCCAAGCCAGCAUGCUGGUUAUUGGAACAGAGGCACACCUAUUAUAUAUGAUAAGACUAUGUUAAUCCAAAAAGGAGCUAUUAGGAGGAAACAUAGCCAGAUCAUGGUCUGGCAUAAAGACCAUAUCAAUGGCUUUGAAGUUAUGUAUGGAAAGAAUUCAGCAGGUGUCAGAGGAGGCAAGGAUUACAAGAAUUCGCCUUGUCAGAUUGUGAGUCUUGGAUCUAGUGAGUUUAUCACCUGUGUUGCUGGGUCCCAGACUGAAGCUAUUGAUGAGCUUAUUUUUUACACUAAUAAAGGAAAUAUCUUUAAAACUGGUGUUAAUAAAGGAGGUAUGCCUUUUACGCUAAGUCAAGGAGGGGAUAAGUUCGUGGUCUACUUUUCUAUUGGAAUGAGCGAAUAUAUGACUUACAUCAAAGCAGAAUUUAGGCCCCUCCCUGCCAUGUUUGGGCGUAAUACCGCACCUUUUUGUCACAUCAAUAAUAUGGUGGUACACCAAAGAGCUGUGUAUCCACCAGUUGAGAAUAGGCUUUCUCAGAAUGCACCAAUAGCACAGAGUCAGAAUACUCAGGGUCCUCAGAGGCCUGCAUCGAUUGCUGCUCAGGCUAAUGUAGAAGUAUCUUCUCCUGAAAUUAAGGUAGAGAGCGGAAAACUCAACUCUGGAAAGAUUUCAGAUACACUUCCUGAGAAGUUAUUUUAUCCAAGUAUUAAUAAUGAAAGAGAAGUCCAGAGUGAAGGUGACAAUUCAGAUGAAGAAUCUAAAUUUGAUAGAUUAAAUGAUGAAAUGAGUAUUACAAGCUCUGCUAGAAAUUCUCUGGCUGGUCCAGCUAAAAUGCACGGAGGGCUUAUUCCUGUAAUCAGCCAAGUUUCUGAAGAGCAAACUUCGGAAGUUGCAAGUCAGAGAGCUGCAAUUCCCUCACAAGCUAACCAACAAACCCUUGCAAGAAACGUGAGACUAGUAUGCUACAAAUCAAAUGUUGCAGGGAAAGUUUACUCGAACACUGUCAUGUUUGAUGACUAUGAAACUUUGAUAAAAGAAUGCUUAAAUGCAUACAUGUAUGAGGUUAGGAUCAUGCAUGACUCAGAUUUUAUAUAUGGCAUGCAAGGAUUUUACCAAGUUGAUGACAAGAUCGUAAAAGGGCCAGCCCAUUUUGGAAACCAAGUCCAUACUAGAUGUCAGUGUCACUCACUUAAGUUGCAGUAUGGUGAAUGCAUCGUUUCGAUUACUGGAAAUUAUCAGGAAGUUAUUAAUGGUCUAAUAAUCACGACUUCUUUAGGAAAAGUAUAUGCUUUCGGAAACUACACCUCAAGAUGUGACACUUCGAAAUGUACUACUUUCAGCCUCGUGAUUCCUAAAGGAAAGAGAGCAGUUGCUCUGGCAGGAGGAGCUAGUGGAUAUUUGAACAAUAUUUCAGUGCAUUAUACCUAAAUCCCAAUCUUUGCUAAUGAGCCUUAGUUUCAACAUGCA